ACACCGUCUACCACUGCAUCAACACCGUCGACCACAGCAUCAACACCGUCGACCACUGCAUCAACACCGUCAACCACAGCAUCAACACCGUCAACCACAGAAUCCACACCGUCGACCACGGCAUCAACACCGUCAACCACUGCAUCAACACCGUCAACGACAGCAUCGACACCGUCGACCACUGCAUCAACACCGUCGACCACUGCAUCAACACCGUCGACCACAGCAUCAACACCGUCAACCACGGAAUCAACACCGUCAACGACAGCAUCAACACCGUCGACCACUGCAUCAACACCGUCAACCACGGCAUCAACAGCCUCAACCACAGAAUCAACACCGUCAACCACUGCAUCAACAUCGUCUAGCACAGCAUCAACACCGUCGACCACAGCAUCAACCCCGUCGACCACAGCAUCAACCCCGUCGACCACUGUAUCAACACCGUCAACCACUGCAUCAACAGCCUCAACCACAGAAUCCACACCGUCGACCACGGCAUCAACACCGUCGACCACAGCAUCAACAACGUCGACCACUGCAUCUACACCGUCGACCACAGCAUCAACACCGUCAACCACUGCAUCAACACCGUCAACCACUGCAUCAACACCGUCAACCACUGCAUCAACACUGACAACCACAGCAUCAAUGCCGUCGACCACUCCGUCAACACCAUCAACCACAACUUCCGUAAUAACACCAACCAUCACACCAUCACCAACUACGAUAUCAUCAUCGACCCCAGCCCCAGAGUCCUGUGUCGUUGACCCUUGUCAUAUCCAGAAACUUCUUGAUUAUAACCCUGGAAAAAUCGUUGGUGUGGUUUUCCUUGAUGGCACUCCUGGUUCCGUUCACGAAAAUGAUAUUGUCUAUGCUGGUGAUGAAAUUGAAGAUGGCGUUAUUGUUCAGAUAUCUUGCAAUAAUUGCACUUGCAAUGAUGGUUACCUAAGUUGCACAGAGAAUAUAUGCUCAGGUUGUGCUUAUUCUGACUGGUCAACAUGGAGCGUAUGUACUAAAGUUUGUGAUAAUGGGCAGACAACAAGAUCCCGUUCAAUGUCUAAAGGAAAAGGAACUAAAGCCUGUGAUCUUGAAGUACAGCAGUCUAAAGAUUGUAACUUUAAUUCUUGUGAACGUGAAUUUUCUUGGAAUAAUUGGGAAAAUUGGAGUAGUUGCACUUCAACUUGUGGUAAAGGAACUCAAACAAGAUUAAGAAUUUGUACUAAUGGAGAUACAGAAAGUAGUACAUGUGGCGGAAAAGGUAUUGAAAUGCAGCCCUGUAUUGAAAAGAACUGUUUAAUAGAAGAGUGCCCUACAGGAAAGAUAUGGUCUAAUUGUUCAAGUAAUUGUGGGCAAACAUGUGCAGAACUGAAAUUGGGGGUAGAAAUAUGUCAGGAGCCAGACAGUUGUAUACCAGGAUGUGUAUGUGCAACAAAUUACUUAGAACAGAACAAUGAAUGUGUUUUAGAAAAAGACUGUUAUUGCUAUGAUAAAUUUGGAAAUGCUAUCGGAGAAAAUUACGACCAAAAAGUUCAUGGUGCCUGUGAACGUUGUACAUGUAUAGAUGGAGCAAUCACUUGUACUAAUAUCAGUGAGGAUUGUUGUUCUUAUUCUCAAUGGACUUCAUGGGGUGAAUGCAGCAAAACUUGUGGUGAGGGUUCAAGACAUCGUUACAGAACGCUAAAAGAGGGAAAUACAAACUGUACAGAAGACUAUGAGGAAUAUGAGCCCUGUGCCAUGCAAUCAUGUCCACCUGUCUGCAAUAUUUCUGACAUUGGGUUUGCUAAUUUUGAAUUGAUGCGAGAAGAUAUUUGCGAAAAAUGUUACUGUGAAGGCUUCAAUGAAACAUGUUUCAAAAACGAAUUCUCAAUAAUUGAUGGUAACUGGACUGAAUGGACUGAAUGGAGUGACUGCAGUGACUCAUGCGAGCCGGGUGGUUUCAGGCAAAGACAGCGUUCAUGUUCAAACCCAUUACCGCAGUGUGGUGGCAAAGAAUGUGUUGGUAACUCUACUGAAUUAGAAGCUUGCAAUACAGACAAAAAAUGCUGCGUACAUGGUACAUGGUCAUGCUGGUCAUCAUGUGAUCAAGAAUGUGGACCUGGCAAACAAACGCGUAAUAGAACAGUUUUAGCUGAAUCGUUUUGUGAAGGAUAUAGUGAGUCUGAUCAACAGGAUUGUGAAAUUCAACCAUGUGACGUAAUCUGUGGAGAAUGGAGUUCAUGGACUGACUGUAAAGGAGAGUGUGGUGAAGGUACCUCUACAAGAACAUUUACUGUUUAUGAUAAUCAAACGAAUAAUCCACAAUGUAAUAUUUCUGAACAAGUAGAAAGAUGUCCACUUCAGGAAUGUGUCUGUGAUGAAAAUGAAGAGAUAUCAUCAACAGCUGACUGUGAAUACAAAUGUGGUGCAAGCUUCCAGUCACCAACUUCUUCAGAAUGUGAAACAUUCAAAUAUGGCUGCAAGUGUAAACAUGGGCUGUUCAGAAAUGAAAGUGGACAUUGUAUUUCAAAAGAGGAUUGCAAUCUGUAUUGUUCUGUCGGUGAUUCAAUCAAGCAGGAUAAAGAAAUGUGGAUUGAUCCAGAACGUGAGUGUUAUACAUGUGAAUGUAUUGGUGGCAAUGUACAGUGUCAAAGAAAAUGUGAAAUCCCUGAGUGUAAUAGUGAUGAAGAGCUAUUUUUCCCAGAAAUUAACCCAUGCUGUCCAGUGUGCAAACUGAAAUCAGAAAACAAAUGCCAAGUGAAAGUUGAUUACCAGUACCUUUCAAAUGGAACCUGUACUGCAAUUCAAAAGGUGAAGGUAACUCAGUGUUCAGGGCAUUGUGCUGAAAGUACAUCUGGAGUAAUGUUGAUGAGUUAUAAACCAGAUAUAGUCACUGAUGAUAUGUUCAAUAAUAAAUGUGAAUGCUGUCAAGCGAAAGCAAUAAAACUCAGACAAGUUACAGUUCUCUGUCCACCAGAUAACAUAGAAACUGUCAUGUAUUAUCCAGAAAUAUGCAGUUGUGACUGUACUAAAUGUAGAUAAGAUCACAAAAGUACUAAUGGCCUUCUAAUUAGGAAAAAGAUUUGUCUGUCCAAAAUAUAGUGGGAAAUAGCAAUUUAAAAUACAUAAUGGAAAAAAUAAUGAAAAAAAUUUUGUUAAAGGUUUGAAAUAUGAAUAGUAGUAUUUCAAACAUCUACUCUGAAAUAUUUCAAUAACCAUAUCAAAAAUUCAGGAUACAAAUUAUAUUAUUAAUUGAAAAUAAAUUAUAUCAAACUAUCAGAAAAAA